UAGAUUCGCGCAUCCAAACUAUUUUCUCUACUUUUCUGAGUUUGGAACUGUUUUUUUUUUUCUUCUUCUUCUCUGUACCAAGAUGUUAGAGGAGGAAGAAACACCCCCCCAGUUUUCCGAAGACGAACGGGUAGAGUUUAUAGGCAUGAGAAUUUGCCAAAUGUUGAACAUGAACACGGUGUCCUGGAACAAAUUUGUUACCGUGGAGGAAAACCAGAGGCUUUUAACUGACUACUUUGAAAAACAAGUUAAACUGUUGUUUUUCAUCCCAGCUGCGCCCACUGUUCUCACUGCUUCCACUGAGGUUUCUUUUGUCCCCGAAUGCAAGACAUUAUAUAUUCUCAAGAAGGAAAGUGUCCCCAUCCUCUCUGAAAAUUACAGGAGCUUUCUACUCUUUGGGGUGCUGUCACCCGCCCUGCUGCUGCAGCUGUCAAACAUUGUGGACAAGGUCUGUCUGCCACUUUUGUCAAACAAGAAGAAUCAUCUGUUAUGGCCAAAUGUGAUAUCCCAGGAUGUAACACAGCACAUUGAGAGUUUAUCAAACAAGGUGUCAGUGGUGAAAGGACAGGUAUAUGGAAAAACUGUCCUUCCUGUUCCUGCUGUCGCAGGGAAGACAGAAGACAGUCUGGAGUCAUUCCUCAGACCGAGGACAGCGGUGCAUGCUGUUGAGUCCAUGGUCAUUAACUGGACACGCCUGAUUCAAAAAGUAUUAAAAGAAGAUUCCGCCGACCUCAUCUUAAAAGGGCUGAACCCAGAACCAAUGACUGAACUUGACUUCUGGAGGUCUAGAAAAAAGAACAUAGAAAACAUUUAUGAGCAGAUUCAGAGUCCUGCUAUCCAGAAGAUGGUGAGAAUCCUUGAGGUGGCAGACAGCAGCUAUUACCCCUGUUUUAAAACUGUGACAGAGGAGGUCAUUGAUGCACUACAGGAAGUGAGAGACGUGGAUGUCCACCUCCAGCAGCUUCGGCCGCUCCUGCUCCAGGUGCAAGAGGGCGAGUUCUCCUCCAUCCGGAUGUUCAUCCGUCCACUCUUCCAUCUCGUCUUUCUGGUUUGGACCCACUGCACGUCCUACCGCAUGCCGGCCCGUCUGGUGGUGCUGCUGCAGGAACUCGCCAACCUGCUUAUUCAGCAGGCUAGCUCAUACCUGGGUGCAGAGGAGUUGCUAAGAGGGGAGACAGAGGAAACUCUGGAGAAGCUGCAAAUUGUAGUGAAGCUCCUCAGAUGUUUUAAGGACACUUACCAUACCUACAGAGAAAAGGUGACUGCCUGGGCCAGUGCCAAAGGCAUACACAAGUGGUGGGACUUCCCAUCUGCUUUGGUCUUCACUCGAUUCAACUGUUUCUUAGCACGAGUGCUAAUGUUAGAGGACCUUUUCUCCACCAUGUUAGAGCUACAGAAUCUGGAAAAACUGAUAUUUGGAGGAACCAAGGGGAGGAUGUAUACGGAACAGGUUUCUCUGUUACACUCAGAGUUUCAGCAGCUCUGCAAAAAAAUCAGGGAUGCUCAACAUAAUCCUCUGGAUUUGAUGUCUAAGCACUUUGAGCAGGACUAUGCACAUUUCAAACAAACGGUUACAGACUAUGAUCGACGCCUUGGCAGCAUUCUUUGCUUGGCCUACAAAGACUGUUCAGGAUUGGAAUCUAUUUUCAAACUGUUAGCUUUGUUCAAACCGUUCCUGGACAGAGGGAUUAUUAAGGAAAUGUUUGCCCCCAAUUUCACAAAACUUAUCCAUCAUUUUGGAGUUGAGCUGGAAAGAUGCAAACACCUGUUCAACUCUUACCUUGAGCAGAGGAAGAAGGGAAAAGCCAUGCUGUGUAAAAACAUGCCUGCCAUGUCUGGUGCUAUGAAAUGGGCUAAAAUGAUGAGAGACAGAAUUCAAAUCCCAUGGGAAAACUUUAGAUUUGUGCUCGACAUGACGCUGGAAGGAGCAGCUAUGGAGAUGGUGUAUCAUAAGUACGAGGAGAUGUCCACACUGCUGGAUGAGUUUGAGGAGGAGGUCUAUUCACACUGGUGCGAUAAUGUUAAACACGUCUGCCAGAUGAACCUUGACCAACCCCUCAUCAGGAGAGAUUUAAGUUCUGGUCUCCUAUCAGUGAACUUCAAUCUACAACUCCUGGAUGUUCUGAGAGAUGUCAGACAUCUUCAAAUGCUGGACCAGACCAGCAUCCCUUCUGCUGCGAUGGAGGUGUAUGAAAAGAGGGACACAUUCCUCAUGUGCAUUAGCAGUUUGCAGUUACUGGUCCAGGGUUACAACAAGGUAUGUCAGUCAGCUGUGGAUGUGGAAGCUGCUCUUCUGAAGGCAGAGCUGGAGGCCAUAGACAAGCAGCUGCAUCAGGCAGAGACUGAGCUCCGGUGGCAGGACCAAGAGUGCUGGGACUACAUCUGCCAGGUGAGGGACACAGUUCACGACCUGGAACGCAGGCUCCAGAAGUCCAGAGACAAUGUGGGGACGAUCCAGGAGCUCAUGAAGGGCUGGUGCAAGCAGCCCAUGUUCUGCCGGAAGGACAAUAAAAAGGACACGCUGCUUAUGCUGGACGACAGAGCAGCAAGGGUGACAAAGAAAUACAGUGGCAUCAGGAACGACGGGGAGGCCAUGCAUCAUCUGAUGCAGGAAAACAAGCAUCUCUACGCAGCAGUUGAUGGUUCUGAGGCUUGGCAGCAGUAUGUGGAAUAUGUGGAUGAGAUGGUAGCGGAAGGCCUUUUCAAUGCCAUCACUCACUCCCUCGAGUUCUUUGUCGACAACAUGGAAAGAUCUGUAAAGCAAGCUCCACUUUUAGAGGCUCAGAUGCUGCUAAGGGGAGCUGAGAUUGUCUUUAGACCCUCUCUGGACAAGGAUUCCGGAGCUGGCCUUCGUGAGCUGGUGGAAGGCCUGCUGGCUGAUGUGUUCAGGAUGUCCACUCAAGUCAAGAGGGUGGCAUCUCACUUGGACUUGAAGGACUAUCAGAACGAUAUAAAUGACAUGCUGGACCUCUUGGACCUGCGACAGGAAGUGAUGGAGAGAGUGAAUGGUGUUAUCAGGAGUGCUUGUCAGUACCAGGGCACAUUUGAGGUCUACUCCCAUCUGUGGCUGGAUGAACGGGCCGAGUUCCUCAGGCAGUUUCUCCUUUACGGUCAGCCUCUGACCACUGAGUACGUGGAGGCAUACGGAGAGCAUGCUCUACCAGAGACUCCACCCACCACCGAUAAGUUCAAAGACCAGAUUGACCAUUAUGAAGAACUGUAUGCACAAGUCAGCAAACUUGAAGACUGGCGAGUCUUUGAUAGCUGGUUUAGAGUGGAUACCCGCUCACUGAAGAUGAGUCUUUUAAACACAAUCAAAAAAUGGAGCUGGAUGUUCAAGGAGCACCUCAUAUCAUAUGUCACGGAUAGUAUUACAGAGCUCGAGGAGUUUAUCGUGAGGGCAGCCUCAGGCCUGAGGGAGCCAGUGAGGAGUGGGGACUACCAGGCCCUGGUGCAGGUGAUGGGCUACCUGCUGUCUGUCAGAGCCAGGCAGCCCAGCACAGACCAGCUGUUUGAGCCACUCAGGGCGGUGGCCGGCCUGCUGGAGCAGUAUGGAGAAAUGCUACCCGAUCACAUCUACAAUCAGCUGGAGGAGCUGCCUGAAAAAUGGAGCAGUGUUAAGAAGCUAGCCUGGUGUGUGAAGCAUGAGGUUGCUCCUCUCCAGAACGCUGAGGUGGCAGUCAUCCGCAGAAAGUACGGGGCUUUUGAGAGAAAGUUGAGCCAGUUUGAAGAGAAAUUUAGAACAGAAGCUCCUUUUUUGUACAAGUCGGUGAGCCCUUACCUUCGGCUCGACAAGUGCCAUGGCGAGGUGAUGACGCUGCAGCAGGAGCUGUUGGAGCUGCAGGAGUCCUGUAAGCUCUUUGAAGUGAGCAGCCCUGACCUGAGGCAGCUCCGACUCUGGCAGAGGGAGACCGUUGUCUUAAAGCAGCUCUGGGACCUGCUGUUUUGUGCUCAGAGCAGCAUAGCAGCCUGGACAGGCAAUCAUUGGAGAGGCAUUAAUGUGGAGCUCAUGGAUGCAGAGCUGAGAAGGUUUGCAAAAGAGAUGGAGACUCUUGACAAAGAAGCCCGCGGAUGGGACAGCUACAUUGGCCUUGACCAUGCACUCAAAGAUCUGUUGACUUCCCUGCGAGUCGUGAAAGAGCUACAAAACCCAGCUAUGAGAGCACGACACUGGACACAGCUGGUCAGGAUCACCAGGAUGGACUUCACCCUGACUGAGAGAACAACCCUUGCAGACUUACUGGUCCUGCAGCUGCACUUGUAUGAAGAGGAGGUUCACAACACAGUGGCUAAAGCUGUUAAAGAAAUUGCCAUCGAAAGGGUGUUGAUUGAGAUCAGUCAGACAUGGACCCUGAUGGAGUUCACGUACGAGGAGCACCUUCGCACCUCCACGCCUCUGCUGAAGUGUGAUGACGACCUCAUUGAGAGGCUAGAGGAGCAUCAGGUGCAGCUGCAGGCCAUGCUGCAGACGAAGCAGGUGGAGUUCUUCCAUGAGCAGGUGCAGGCCCUGCAGGCCCAGCUCACGCAUGCUGACUCUGUGCUGCUGCUCUGGCUGGAGGUGCAGAGGACCUGGACUCACCUGGAGAGCAUCUUCAUGGGCUCAGAUGACAUUCGUCAACACCUGCCUGCAGACACACACCGUUUCCAUGCCAUCAAUGCUGACUUUAAGGACCUGAUGUUUAAAAGUUCUGAAACGAAGAAUGUGAUCGCCGCCACAAACAGGACCAACCUUUUGGAGAUACUAGAAGAUCUGCAAAUAAGACUUGAUGUGUGUGAAAAAGCGCUAGCUAAAUACCUUGAAACAAAGAGAAAGGCUUUCCCGCGAUUCUACUUCGUCUCCUCCACUGACUUGCUGGACAUCCUGUCCAAAGGCAGUCAACCUGAAAAGGUGACCCAGCACUUGGCCAAGCUGUUUGACAGUAUGGCUGACCUGCAGUUUGGGGAGGGUGGGCACAGGACAAAGGAAAAGCCUGCUGUUGGGAUGUUCAGCAGAGAGAGGGAAUUUGUGUCCUUCCACUCUCAGUGUGACUGUGUGGGUCCGGUGGAGCUGUGGCUGGGUCGUCUGGAGGAGGCAAUGCGGGAGGCGGUGAGGCGGCGCAUUGCUGAGGCGACGGCCGUGUAUGAGGAUCGCCCGCGCGAGCAGUGGGUCCUGGAGCAGCCGGCCCAGGCCGCGCUCACCGCCUCCCAGAUCUGGUGGUCGGCGGAUGUGGGCCUGGCGUUCCAGCGGCUGGCUGAGGGCUUCGACACGGCACUGCGGGACUACAGCAGGAAACAGAUUGCUCAGCUGAACUCCCUGAUAAGCAUGUUACUGGGCGAGCUGAGUCCAGGAGACAGGCGGAAGAUCAUGACCAUCUGCACCAUCGACGUCCAUGCCAGAGACGUGGUAUCCAGACUUAUCGCUCAGAAGGUGAGCAGCGCGAGCGCCUUUGUCUGGCACUCCCAGCUGCGCCACCGCUGGGACGAGGAGCAGAGACACUGCUAUGCCAGCAUCUGCGACGCCCACUUCCUCUACUCCUAUGAGUACCUGGGCAACACGCCACGCCUGGUCAUCACCCCUCUCACUGACAGGUGCUAUGUUACGCUGACCCAGUCUCUGCACCUAACCAUGAGCGGAGCUCCAGCAGGCCCCGCCGGCACAGGCAAGACAGAGACCACUAAAGACCUGGGCAAGGCCCUCGGCGUCAUGGUGUACGUCUUCAACUGCUCAGAACAGAUGGAUUACAAGUCCGUAGGAAACAUCUUCAAAGGCCUGUCUCAGACGGGAGCGUGGGGCUGCUUCGAUGAGUUUAACCGCAUCGCCGCAGAGGUGCUGUCAGUGGUGGCGGUGCAAGUCAAGACCAUACAGGACGCAAUUCGCCACAGCAGGACACGCUUCGUCUUCUUGGAGGAGGAGGUCACGUUGAGGCCCACUGUGGGGAUCUUCAUCACUAUGAACCCCGGUUAUGCAGGACGAACCGAGUUACCCGAGAACCUGAAAGCUCUGUUCAGGCCGUGUGCCAUGGUUGUGCCGGAUAUGGAGCUGAUCUGUGAGAUAAUGCUGAUGGCUGAGGGCUUCCUGAACGCCAGGAACCUGGGCAGGAAGUUCAUCACCCUGUACAAACUCUGCAAGGACCUACUCUCCAAACAGGACCAUUAUGACUGGGGCCUGCGGGCAGUCAAGUCUGUCCUGGUGGUUGCUGGCGCCCUUAAAAGAGAAGACAAGGCCAGACCGGAGGAUCAGGUGUUAAUGCGGGCCCUGCGAGAUUUCAACAUGCCCAAGAUAGUGAGUGAGGACGUACCAGCAUUCCUGGGUCUGAUAGGUGACCUCUUCCCCGGUGUGGAGGCGCAGAGGCUUACAGAUGCUGAAUUUGAGCAGCUGGCACGGCAGAGCGCCUUGGAGCUGACACUUCAACCAGAGGAACCCUUUAUCCUCAAGGUGGUUCAGUUGGAGGAGCUGAUGAGUGUUCGUCACUCUGUUUUUGUGGUAGGAGAUGCCGGCACAGGGAAGAGCCAGAUCCUGAGAACUCUCUACAGAACCUACUUCAACAUGAAAAUGAAACCUGUCUGGAACGAUCUGAACCCCAAAGCCAUAAGUACAGAUGAACUUUUUGGAUUUACCCAUUCAGCAACUCGAGAAUGGAAAGAUGGCCUGCUGUCCUGCUUCAUGCGUGAGCACGCCAACAACCCCCAUCCUGGACCCAAGUGGCUUGUUCUGGACGGAGACAUCGAUCCCAUGUGGAUCGAGUCCCUCAACACCGUCAUGGAUGACAACAAGGUGCUGACUUUGGCCAGUAAUGAGAGGAUUCUGCUCACUCCUUCCAUGAGGCUGGUGUUUGAGAGCAGCUGCCUGAGCAACGCCACGCCUGCCACCGUGUCUCGAGCUGGCAUUCUAUAUGUCAAUCCACAAGACCUCAGCUGGAACCUAUAUGUGACAAGCUGGAUCGACAGAAGGCAGCGUCAGACAGAGAGAGCCCAUCUCACUAUCCUGUUUGACAAAUAUGUCUCCCGCUGCAUAGAGCAGAUGAAAAGCACGUUUAAGACCGUCAUUGCCAUCCCCGAGAACAGCAUGGUACAGACGCUGUGCUCGCUGUUGGACUGCCUGCUCACUCCUGAGCACGUUCCGGCAGACUCGUCACGGGACGUCUAUGAGACAUAUUUUGUGUUUGCCUGCAUCUGGGCCUUUGGUGGCGCCACAUGUCAAGAUCAGCUCCGGGAUUACAGAGCUGAGUUCAGCGAGUGGUGGACCAAAGAGAUGAAGAGCAUCAAACUUCCUGCCCAUGGCUCUGUGUUUGACCACUACCUGGACCCCCGCACCAGGCGCUUCUCACCAUGGGCUGAUAAAAUACCUGCUUUUCACAUGGAGCCAGACACACCAGUACAGGCGGUGUGGGUCCCCACGGCCGAGAGCGGGAGGUUGCAGUACUUCCUGCGCCUGCUCCUGGGGAGCGCACAGCCUCUGAUGCUGGUUGGGGGAGCGGGCACGGGAAAGACCUCGCUGGUCCGAGACCUGCUCGACGCACUGCCAGACACCUUCCUGACAGCCCACGUGCCUCUCCACUAUUACAGCACCUCGUCCACGCUGCAGAGAAUGUUAGAAAAGCCAUUGGAGAAGAAGGCAGGCAGGAACUAUACCCCCCCAGGGAGCAAGAAACUGAUCUACUUUGUUGACGAUAUGAACAUGGCAGCUGUGGAUAAUUAUGGCACAGUUCAGCCACAUGCACUCAUACGCCAACAUCUGGACUAUGAACACUGGUAUGACAGGCAAAAGUUGUCUUUGAAAGAGAUACACAACACCCAGUAUAUUGCCUGUUUAAAUCCACAAGCAGGCAGUUGCACAGUGAACCCCAGACUACAGAGGCAUUUCGUGGUCCUAGCAGUGAGCAACCCCACCCGUGAAGCCCUGGUUUCCAUCUACGGCUCCAUCUUGAACAUGCACCUGCAGAGCCUGCCGUUCGACACGCCCGUGUUGGGGAGGGGCCCAGCAGUGGCACGGGCAGCCGCUGCCCUCCACCAGAGCGUGCUCCAGCACUUCCUCCCCUCCGCCACCAGGUUCCAGCAUGUCUUCAGCCUGUGGGAUCUCACCCAGCUCUUCCAGGGCCUGCUGUUCUCCACACCCGAGUGUGUGAAGCAGGGUUCCGACCUCAUCCGGCUGUGGGUGCAUGAGUCCAGGCGUGUGUACUCAGACCGCCUGGCAGACGCCGAAGACCAGCAGCUCUUCUACAGGCUGCAGGCUGAUGUUGCCCACCAAGCAUUUGAGGGCCUGGAGGAGCAGCUGUUGUUGCAGGAGCCCCUGCUGUACCUUCCCAGUGGUGCGGGCAGCGCCCAGCCUCGCUACAUCCCUGCAGAAAGCUGGGAUUGGCUGAACCAAACCCUGACAGAGGCCUUGUGCAGCUACAACUGUUUCCACGCCACCAUGAACCUUGUGCUCUUCCAGGAGGCCAUGCAGCACGUCUGUCGGAUCAGCCGUGUCCUGGCGAGCCCGCGGGGACACGCCCUGCUGGUGGGCGUUGGCGGUAGCGGCAAACAGAGCCUGACCCGCCUGGCCGCCCAUCUCUGUGGCAUGGACCUCUUUCAGCCCACCCUGAGCAACGGCUACGGCAUCCAGGAGCUGAAGGUGGAUGUCGCAGGGCUCUGUGUGAAGGCUGGAGUGAAAAACCUUCCCACAGUGCUCCUGCUCACGGACGCUCAUAUCCCAAAUGAGCACGUCGUUGUCGUCGUCACCGCUUUGCUGUCCUCAGGUGAGGUCCCGGAGCUGCUCUCCGACGAGGAGGUCAGUGGAGCAGUGAAGGCCGUGAGGAGGGAGGUGCGUUCCCUGGGCCUCCUGGACACCGUGGAGAACUGCUGGAGGCUCUUCACGGAGCGUGUUCGGCGGCAGCUUAAGGUGGUGCUUUGCAUGUCUCCUGUAGGUAAGACCCUGCGUGGUUGCGUGCGGCGAUUCCCAGCUCUGCUCAGCUGCACCACUCUGGACUGGUUCCAUGAAUGGCCCCAGGAGGCUCUGCAUUCCGUCAGCCUGCGCUUCUUGCAGGACCUCCCCGGCAUCGAGCCCGCCUUUCAGGAACCCAUCAGUCUUUUCCUGGCCCACGCUCACGCCAGCGCGAAGCAGGCUGGCGAGCGCUACCGCCGGGCGGAGAGGAGGCACACCUAUAGCACGCCCCGGAGCUUCCUGGAACUGCUCAGCCUGUAUGGCAGCCUGCUGGAGAGGAAGCGCGAGCAGCUGCAGCAGAGGCUGGCCAGGCUGCGUUCGGGCCUGCAGGAGCUGAAAACCACCGCUGCGCAGGUGGAGGACCUAAAGGCCAAGCUGGGCUCCCAGGAAGUGGACCUGACCCUGAAGAGCCAGGCGGCCGAGGCCCUCAUCACCAAGAUUGGCCGGCAGACGGAGAGACUGAGCCAGAAGCGGGCCGACGCCGACCUGGAGGAACAGAAGGUGGCAGCUAUCCAGGCAGAGGUGACUCGCAGACAGAGAGACUGUGAGCACGACCUGGCCAAAGCUGAGCCAGCCCUAGAGGCUGCAACUGCUGCUCUGGAUACCCUGAACAAGGUGAACCUGACUGAGCUGAAGACGUUCCCCAACCCUCCUGAGGCUGUGACUAAUGUGAUGGCAGCUGUGAUGGUCCUCUUGGCCCCGCGUGGACGUGUUCCUAAAGACCGCGGCUGGAAGGCUGCCAGGGUCUUCAUGGGCAAGCUGGACGACUUCCUGCAGGCUCUGAUGUGCUAUGAUAAGGAGCACAUCCCCGAGCAGUGCCUGAGUGUGGUGAAGCAGGAGUACCUCAGCAACCGCCACUUCCACCCUGACCACGUUCGCACCAAGUCCUUCGCUGCUGCCGGCCUCUGCGCCUGGACCAUCAAUAUAAUGCGCUACUACGAGUUGUAUUGUGAAGUCGCUCCAAAGCGUCUAGCCCUUUCUCAGGCCAACACGGAGCUGGAGAAUGCUACAGCUAAACUUCUCACUGUUAGAAAGAAGCUCCAUGACCUGGACGGGCAUCUGCAGAACCUCACGGCUCAGUUUGAGAGAGCGGCAGCCGAGAAGCUCUGCUGCCAGGAGGAAGUGACCCGCACCAGGCAGACCAUCGAGCUGGCCAAUCGGCUGGUGGGGGGCUUGCAGUCGGAGAACGUGCGCUGGUCGGAAGCAGAGCUGGACCUGCAGGCUCAGCAGGACACGCUGUGCGGGGAUGUGCUGCUGGCCGCAGCCUUCGUCUCCUACGCUGGACCGUUCACGCAGCCUUACCGCCAGCAGCUUCUCCAGGAGGCGUGGAAGCCCUUCUUCAGACAACUGAGACCCCCCGUCCCGCUGACAGAAGGCCUGGACCCCGUCCUGCUGCUGGCCGAGCAGGCCGCCGUGGCCGCCUGGCACAACCAGGGCCUGCCGGCCGAUCGGCUGUCCGUGGAGAACGCCGUCAUCCUGACCUGCAGCCAGCGCUGGCCAGUCCUGGUGGACCCCCAGCAACAGGCAAGCAGGUGGCUGCGGGGUCUCUAUGGGCCGGGCCUGAGAGUGCUGCAGUGCGGAGCUGAAGGGUACAUGGAGGAGAUCAUGCGGGCUUUAGCCUGUGGUGAGGCAGUGCUGAUCGAGAAUGUGGAGGAGAGAACAGAUCCAGUCCUGGAGCCUCUGCUGGUCAGGAGCACUGCACACAGAGGAAGGUCCAUCAGACUCGGGGGGAAAGAGUGUGAGUAUAACAGCACCUUCCAGCUCCUCCUGCACACCAAGCUGGCCAAUCCUCACUUCCCCCCGGAGCUGCAGGCCCACACCACCCUCAUCAACUUCAGCGUGACGCAGGGCGGCCUGGAGGAGCAGCUCCUGGGACAGGUGGUCCGCCACGAGAGGCCCGACCUGGAGAGCCUGAAGGUGGAGCUGAGCACGCAGCAAAACCUGGGCCGGAUCGAGCUGAAGGGGCUGGAGGAGGAGCUGCUGAGUGGCCUGUCCGCCGCUAAAGGCAGCUUCCUGCAGAACGCGGCAUUAGUGCAGCAGCUGGAGUACACCAAGAGCACUGCUGCGCACGUCCGCAACAAGGUUAUAGAGGCACAAGAAAACGAGAUGAAACUAAAUGAAGCCCGUGAGCUGUACCGCCCCAUAGCCCAGAGAGCUGCACUCCUGUACUUUACAGUUAAAGAGCUGCACAACAUCAAUCCUAUGUACCAGUAUUCACUCAAGUCCUUCAGCACAGUGUUCCACAGAGCCCUCGAGCAAGCUCCACGGGACCAAGAUGUGGCUGUGCGUGUCCACUCCCUUACCGAAGCUGUUACCUACUCAGUCUUCCUGUAUGCCAGCCAGGGCCUCUUCCAGAGGGACCGACUCACCUUCCUGAGCCACACGGCCUUCCAGAUUCUCCUGAUGAGAGGAAGCAUUGAGGCUGAAGAGCUGGAGCUCCUGUUGCGCUUGCCUGUGGAGUUCUGCGAUGGAAGUCCUGUCAGCUUCCUGUCAGCACAGGCCUGGGGAGCCAUCAGGGCGCUCUCGGUGGUGGAGGCGUUUCGAGGCCUGGACCGGGAUGUGGAGGGCUCUGCUAAGCGCUGGAGAAAGCUGGUGGAGUCUGAGUGUCCGGAGAGAGAGCGCCUCCCUCUGGACUGGAAGAAGAAGAGCACCCUACAGAAACUCAUCAUCCUCAGGGCCAUGCGGCCUGAUCGAAUGAGCUACGCUCUCAGGAACUUUGUGGAGGAGAGUUUGGGCUCCAGGUACGUAGACACAGGUGGAGUAGAGUUUGAGAAGUCCUAUGAGGAGACCAAUCCAUCUACACCAGUCUUCUUUAUCCUGUCUCCCGGAGUCAACCCACUAAAAGAUGUUGAAACACUGGGCCUGAAGCUGGGGUUCUCCAUAGAGCUGGGGAACCUUCACCACGUGUCCCUGGGCCAGGGCCAGGAGAGCGUGGCUGAGAAGGCCCUGCACACAGCAGCUGCCAAAGGCCACUGGGUCAUCCUGCAGAAUGUACAUUUAGUAGAGCGCUGGCUGGGUCACCUGGAGGACCUGCUAGAGAGCACAGGCCGCAAGGCUCACCCACACUACAGAGUGUUCAUGAGCGGAGAGCCCGCCCCCAGCCCUGACGAGCACAUCAUCCCGAGAGGCAUCCUGGAGAAUGCCCUCAAACUCACCCACGAGCCGCCCACAGGCAUGAACGCCAGCCUUCAUGCUGCCCUGCACCACUUCAGCCAGGACACUUUGGAGAUGAGCUCUCGUGAGCAGGAAUUUAAAGGGCUGCUCUUCUCCCUCUGCUAUUUCCACGCGGGGGUCAGUGAGAGGAGGAAGUUUGGGCCGCAGGGUUGGAAUCGCUGCUACCCUUUUAACGGAGGUGACCUCACCAUCUCCGUCAACGUGCUGUACAACUGCCUUGAAGCUCAUUCUAAAGUGCCAUGGGAGGAUCUGUGUUAUCUGGUUGGGGAGAUCAUGUAUGGAGGACACAUCACGGACAACUGGGACAGGAGACUCUGCUGCACAUACCUACAGGAGCUGAUCAAUCCUAAGAUGUUCGAGGAAGUGCUGUUCCUGUGUCCUGGCUUCCCGGCGCCUCCCGAGCUGGACUACGCUGGCUAUCACACCUACGUGGACGCGAGGUUGCCAGCAGAAAGCCCCAGCCUCUAUGGGCUGCAUCUCAACGCGGAGAUAGGAUAUAUGACCGCCGCGGACAGUGCCCUCUUCAGGACUCUGCUGGAACUGCAGCCCCGAGAUUGGGUGGCGGGCGCAGAGGCGGCGCAGAGUGCGGACGACAAGGUGAAAAGCGUGCUGGAGGACUUGCUGGACAGGCUGCCUGAGGAGUACGACGUGGCCGAGCUUCAGGCCAAGACAGCGGAGCGCAGUCCCCUCGUCCUGGUCUGUGUGCAGGAGUGUGAGCGCAUGAAUCUGCUGCUUACUCAAAUACACAUCUCUCUUAAGAACCUGGACCUAGCCAUGAAGGGUGAACUGAGCAUCUCUGCAGACAUGGAGACUCUACAGACAGCUCUGUUCUAUGACCGAGUCCCAGAGAACUGGAGCAAAUUGACAUACCCUUCCACCAAAACUCUGGCCCAGUGGUUUUUGGAUGUUCUUACUCAGUGUCGAGAGCUGGACACUUGGACUCAAGAUUUUGUGCUUCCAGCAGUGGUGUGGCUCCCAGGCUUCUUCAGCCCACAGUCUUUCCUCACUGCAAUCAUGCAGAGUAUAGCUCGUAAGAACAAGUGGCCACUGGACAAGAUGACCCUGUCGGUGGACGUGACGAAGAAGACAAAGGAUGAUUAUGGCCACCCCCCUCGAGAGGGGGCUUACAUCCAUGGGCUCUAUAUAGAGGGUGCUCGUUGGGACACCGCGGCAGGCGUGCUGGCAGAAGCUCUGCUGAAGGAGCUUGCCCCAGCUAUGCCGGUACUGUACGUCCGUGCCGUGCCAGCUGACCAGCCAGAGCCGAGCGGCACCUACGAGUGCCCCGUGUACCGCACCAAGCUUCGCGGGCCCAGCUUCGUGUGGAGCUUCCGUCUCAGGACACGGCACCCUCCAGCCAAGUGGGUGCUGGCCGGGGUGGCCCUGCUGCUGUCAGCGUGAGCGGGCGGCUUCCUCUGCCCACUCGUGGAGAAGUGCCCGAUGGCACGCGUGUGAAUUUUAGCCUGAAGUAUUGUGCUCAAUGCAUCUUUAAACGGACUUCUUGUAGAUCACAGCUUAUGACUUUAAGGUGAAGCUGGAUGUGUGUUAGAAUGUGGGGAAAUUGUCCCUCUUAUUCAAUUUGUUACACACUGAGGAUAGUGUGAUGCAGUGAGCAUUUAAUCUUUAUAUUGAGGACUGUAAUCUGCAGUGUGCCACAGUAUAUUUGGUCUAGAGUAGAAUUUACUGAUUAGUUUGUGACAGUAAAUUAUAGAAACCAAUACUUGAAUUGUAAAGAUUAAAAACUGAAUGUAUGCA